AUGAUGAAUAGUCCUAGCUGGUUUCAAAAAGGCCUAGUACCAAAUGUAUUUGAUAAAUGUGAAAUAUCGACAUGUCGAUUUCAUUAUAAAGAACCAUUUAAAUACGUCAAUGACAGUGAUGCUGUUAUUUUAUAUGCAGUGGGAUACUCUUCCAGAUUGUUGACAAGAAAACCUAAAAAUGGACAGAUUUGGAUAUUUGCCGUGUUUGAAUCUCCAAUCUUUUCGCAUUCACAAGAAUUUAAUAACGCAAUAUUAAAAGACAAGAUAAAUUGGACUAUGACUUACCGACAUGACUCAGAUAUUCCAGCACCUUAUGGUAUUGUCAAGAAAAUUAGUGGACAAUCAAAAAAUUACACAAAAAUUAUGGCAGAGAAAACAAAAUUAGCAGCACAAGUAGUAAGCCAUUGUUCAACGCCAAGUUUACGUGAACGAUAUGUCGAAUCAUUACAAAAAUAUAUAUCAGUAACGGUAUAUGGGCGAUGUGGACCCGAGAAGCAAAGGAAUCGAGAUAAACAAUUGUUUCAAAACAUUGAAAAAUCAUAUAAGUUUUAUUUAGCUUUUGAAAAUUCUUUGUGUCGUGAUUAUGCCACUGAAAAAUUCUUUAUCAGGCAAAACAGUAGUAUUGUUCCUAUAGUGAGAGGUGACGGUAAUUACCAACAUUUCUACCCCAAUAAUUCCUACAUAGAUGUGAGAGAUUUUAAAUCAAUUUCUGAUUUAGCCAAAUAUAUUCAAUAUUUAGAUAGAAACGAUACAGCUUAUAUAGAAUAUUUGAAAGCCAAAGAAAAUUACGUUCUCACUACCGGUAGCAGAUUACUGAUAGAUCAUUUUUGCCAAGUGUGUAAGAUGAUUCAUAAUCCGGAUAAAUACAGGAAUAGUUACUCUAAUGUUCAGGAUUGGUAUAGUAAUGGAGCUUGUAGAAACCCAACUGACUUAAAUAAUAGUAAUAAUAUAAUAUAA